AGCCGGCAGCCCCCCCAAACAAUCUAGACUUUCUUCCACUCAGGGAUAUCGCGUCUUGGAGAGCUCUGACAUUAGACAAGUGUUUCUUUUCUUUUUUUCUUUUUCUUUUAAGGUUAUGUGUUUUCCAGGGCGCCUUGAAGCGACAAGGAAAUGGUAUUUCCCUAAAGAAGAGCUUUUUUUCUUUUUUUGGUUGACAAUGGAGAAUAAAUGAAAGGGGACGUUUCCCGGGAUUAACCGACAGAUCAACGACAGAAUGCAGGAGAGGGACCUACAGAGCAUGUACAGAAGGGCGCUGCUGCUGACCGUCUGUAUGGUGUCUCUCUUGGGACAGCUGACCAGUGCAUCAUCACACAGAAGCCACAUAGUUCAUGUGAAAGCAGGAACCUGUGAGGUAAUUGCUGCUCACCGAUGCUGCAACAAGAACAAGAUCGAAGAGAGAUCCCAGACUGUCAAAUGCUCCUGCUUCCCUGGACAGGUGGCGGGAACAACAAGAGCGGCUCCAUCUUGUGUAGACGCAUCCAUAGUUGCACAGAAGUGGUGGUGCCAGAUGCAUCCCUGUAUGGAUGGGGAAGAGUGUAAAGUGCUGCCGGAUCUCAAAGGAUGGAGCUGCAGUACAGGAAACAAAGUUAAGACAACCAAGGUCACCCGAUAGUCGUCUGUUGUAAGGAUAACCUUAUUUGGAACCAGACGCUAUUUCUUUGACCAACAUCGUAGGACAUUUGGAUAUCAUGUGUUCUGAGGAUUGGUGGAAACCAGGGACCAACAAGGACAGUUAUCACGGACAUUCCAGUGAACAAAUGGAGGAAUCGGACCAGGGAGCUCCAUAUAAGACUACAUAUCCAAACAGAUUCCUGACCUUUGAUCCAGCAUCAACAGUAGCUGUCUCUGAGCUCUACUGCCCACCAAAUCUCUCUUUGUAUUAUAGUUUUAUUGCUAUGGACUAGAGGACUCAACCAUGAAGAUAUUUAUUGACUAAAAGACUGUGGAUUACACCAGAUAAAAAAAAAAAAAUCACCCUUGAAACAAAACUAUGUGAUGUGAAACUUUUUGUGUUAUUUUCUUGCCCCAGAACUCUUGAUGCAUAUCUGUGUUGAAGAUCUCGUGAGAUAAUAAGCAUUUCUGUUCCUUUUAGCCUUAUGGAGCAGAUAUCGCUUCUGUUUUUGUUUUUAUUUUGUUGAUUUAAAACUGUCUGGCUUCUUUUCGUUUGUUACAACGUCAAGUCUCCCUUUCAAAGACAAAAGACGAUGCCACAACAAUACAACCCAGAAAAAAAUGUAAUGAUGUUUGACUACAAGUCACCAAGGGUCAACGUAGCUAAGUUCUGCCAACAUGUUUUAAUGGUAUCUGUUGUUUUCAAAGCCUGGUGACUACUAUUCAUUACAAAUGUCGAUAUUAUCUCAAUAAAUCUAUCUAAAUGGA